AUGCUUUGCCUAGUGCUCUUUGCGCUGUGUCUGAGCCGCCCAGAUGUGGCUGCCUUCAGUUCAAUUGCUGAAAAUGAGGGCGCGCUCCUCAAGCACUUAUUUCAAGGCUAUCAGAAAUGGGUCCGCCCUGUGGAAAACUCCAAUGACACCAUCAAAGUCCUUUUUGGAUUAAAGAUAUCACAGCUUGUGGAUGUGGAUGAGAAGAAUCAGCUGAUGACAACGAACGUGUGGCUGAAGCAGGAAUGGAUCGACCACAAGCUCUCCUGGAAUCCAGAGGAAUAUGGUGGGAUCACCGCCAUCCGUGUCCCUUCUGAGUCCCUGUGGCUUCCAGACAUCGUUUUGUUUGAAAAUGCUGAUGGACGUUUUGAAGGCUCCCUGAUGACCAAAGUCAUAGUGAAGUACAAUGGAGUGGUGACUUGGACACCACCAGCCAGUUAUAAGAGUUCCUGCACAAUGGAUGUGACCUUCUUCCCCUUCGACAGGCAGAACUGCUCCAUGAAGUUUGGGUCAUGGACAUAUGAUGGCAGUAUGGUGGACUUGAUUUUAGUGGAUGAAAAUGUAGACAGGAAAGACUUCUUUGACAAUGGAGAGUGGGAGAUCUUAAAUGCCAAAGGUAUGAAAGGCAACAGGAAGGAUGGGCUGUACUCUUACCCAUUUGUCACUUACUCCUUUGUGUUGAGACGCCUUCCACUGUUUUACACUCUCUUCUUAAUAAUCCCUUGUCUGGGAUUGUCUUUUCUAACUGUCUUGGUGUUUUACCUGCCUUCAGAUGAAGGAGAAAAGCUUUCAUUGUCUACAUCCGUUCUAGUCUCCCUCACUGUUUUCCUUUUAGUGAUUGAGGAAAUAAUCCCUUCUUCUUCCAAAGUCAUCCCUCUGAUCGGUGAGUAUCUGCUGUUCAUCAUGAUUUUUGUGACCCUCUCUAUCAUCGUCACUGUAUUUGUUAUCAACGUCCACCACCGCUCCUCAGCAACUUACCAUCCCAUGGCUCCUUGGGUUAAAAGACUCUUCCUCCAGAAGUUGCCUCGGCUGCUCUGCAUGAAGGGCCAUGUAGAUCGUUACUCCUUCUCAGAGACUGAAGAAAAGGAAACCACCUUGAAAUCAAAGCUCCCGGGGAAGCAGAAACACAAGCAAGCAAAAGACGGAGAUAAAAUUGUUAUUGCCUUUCUGGAAAAGGCUGCUGACUCCAUUCGAUACAUUUCCAGGCAUGUCAAAAAGGAGCAUUUCAUCAGACAGGUUGUCCAAGACUGGAAAUUUGUAGCUCAAGUCCUGGAUCGGAUCUUCCUGUGGUUAUUUCUGGUGGUGUCAGUGACAGGUUCAGUUCUCAUCUUUACCCCUGCAUUACAGAUGUGGCUGAACAGCACUUUGUAG